GCUUGAAGGCUCGUGUUUGGAGCGGAUUUCUGACUGAACGAUGUUGUGAAUUAGUGCGUGUUUCUGCCCUCUGACCCGGGUUCAGCCUCAGUCCCGUCCGUCACCGCGAGCCGCUCCGCAAACACCGGGUUUAGCUGAUAACCGUCUCUUUUCCCGCCGCCGACCAGGGUCCAUUCAGAAGAGUCAGCAUUUAGCGGAGCCGUCUGUCAACAAAAACAUGAAUAAGAAGGAGACAGUGGAGAGAGAAGCCUUUUAAAGCAGCCGAAAUGAGAUUUAUGUCUUUAUGGUUCGAUUUAUGUUUUUUAUUGUGAAAAAGAACUUUAUAAAACGGACUGUACAGAAAUUAAGAACACGUUGGAACAAAAACUGUGCGUGUCUGUGUGCGUGUGUGCGUGUCUGUGUGUGUGUUUCAGAUGACGGUUCACAAUUUGUACAUCUUUGACCGGAAUGGAAACUGUUUGUUCUACAAUGAGUGGAACCGGAAGAAACAGGCGGGGAUCUCCAAGGAGGAGGAGUUCAAGCUGAUGUACGGGAUGUUGUUCUCCAUCCGCUCCUUCGUCAGCAAGAUGUCUCCUCUGGACAUGAAAGACGGCUUCUUGUCCUUCCAGACCAGUAAAUAUCGUCUCCAUUACUACGAGACGCCCAGCGGACUGAAGUUCGUCCUCAACACGGACCUGUCCGUGUCCAACGCCCGGGAGACGCUGCAGCACAUCUACAGCUCGCUGUACGUGGAGCUGGUGGUGAAGAACCCGGUGUGUCCCUCGUCUCUCUCUCUGGACAGCGAGUUGUUCUGCAGCCGACUGGACGCCUUCAUCAGAGCCCUGCCCUACUACAGUCCCAGAGCCGCCUGACACACACACACACACACACACACACACAC